GCGGGUCCGGCGCAGUGUGUGGGGGUGGCGGUGGUUGAGGUUGGGCCCUCGCUUGGCGGCUUUGCCUACCUGCGACGUUGCGGUGGUCGCCAUGGCUCGUGGAAACCAGCGUGAGCUUGCCCGCCAGAAAAACAUGAAGAAAACCCAGGAGAUUAGCAAGGGCAAAAGAAAAGAGGAUAGCUUGACUGCCUCUCAGAGAAAGCAGAGGGAUUCGGAAAUCAUGCAGCAAAAGCAGAAGGCGGCUAACGAGAAGAAGUCUCUGCAGACGGGAGAAAAAUGAGAGGGUAGCCGAAGGGCCCGAGUGCUGGGGCAUACAGGGCACAGUGCAUCAGAGGCAAAAAAUCAUGAGUUUGUAAAAGCAAUCAGCUAUUAAAUAUUUAACUGGUUUAUCACACCCUCUUAAACUUGUCUCCCAUUUAUUUCUUUAAUUUCCAGUGUUGCCUUUGGCCUUUGGAGACAGCUCUUCCAAGAAACGGAACACUGAGCAUGCAAAGUAUUAAUGGAAAUUAAUGACUUCUACCUGCUACUUUUAACAUCAACUAUAAAAUACUGUGUUCAUCUGGAUCUUUAAGCUUAAACUGCAAUAUUACUGUAGUAUCUGCAUAAUGACUCAUCCCAAACUCUUUGUUUAAAACAAUUCAUUAAAGCCCAUCACUACUCUGUUAUCAAAAUGUAAAGGUCAUCUGUAAAUUUCACUUUUAUUUUUUACAAUAAAAUGUUCUGCAUGAAGUAUGUAAUCUAAAAUGCUACACCACCCUUCCUGUUUUCAGUCAGCAAAUGUAUUGUGUAAACAAGCUUUUAUUCAGAAGGCCAUUUUGCUGCUUAAAAUGAAAAAAAAAAAGCUCUGCCCUCCAAUUAAGUCUCUAAUCUCAUUAUGAAUUUAAGAUUUUUGUGAAAUAGAUUACUCACAAAAGGCUAUAAAAACUUCUGGGCACCUGCUAGCAUGUCAUAUUGAUUAAUUUGAAUAAACUGUGCUUUGUUCGCAAUGGCUCUAA